GUAAACACGGCGCAGAGUCAGAAUACGCUCAUGAAUCACUCAAAGUUGCACUAUUCCUCUGCUUCAUUGUAAACUAAACGUACACGCAUCGGUGUUUGGCUUCUCUCCAAUUCCAUUUCUCUUUCCAAUCACGACAACACCAUCAUCAUGGGCAGUCCACAACACAUUCUCAUCACUGGCGGCGCGGGCUUCGUCGGACAGGAUCUGGCAGCCGCCCUUGCCAACAGCUCCGAUGACUUGAGGUUGACUCUCAGCGACGUUGUAGAGCCGCCUGUUCCCAAGUCCAUCAGCCAGCACGCCCACCGCAUAAACACCGUUAAGUGCGAUUUGACUGACCCAUCUGUCAUCGCCUCGCUCUUCCAGCAGCCAUACUCGGCUGUGUAUCUCCUCCAUGGCCUCAUGUCUGGAGGCGCCGAGGCCAAUCUCGAGCUUGGGUGGAGAGUAAACUGGGAUUCACACCGAGGAAUUCUCGAUUUUCUGCGACUGCAUCACCCCGGCGCCGUCGUCAUCUUCCCCUCGAGUCUCGCCGUGUACGGUCCCGCAAAGAGCGAGGACCCCCCGAAUAGCGAGACGACUUGCCCAAUCCCACAGUCCAGCUAUGGCGCACAGAAGCUCAUGGUGGAGACGUAUCUCAACGACAUGUCACGUCGCGGGCUUCUCGACGGUCGCAUCGUCCGCUUGCCCACCAUCAUCGUGCGACCAGGCGCACCUUCAGCUGCCGCGAGUUCAUUCGCCAGCGGCAUUGUGCGGGAGCCAUUGAAUGGCAUGGACACAGUCUUACCUGUGGCUAGAGAUCUAAAGAUGUGGGUUUGCAGCCCGGAAACGGUGGUGAAGAACCUCAUCCUGAUCAAGGAUGUCCCGGCGAGCAAGUUUAACCUGACGAGGGUCGUCAACCUUCCGGGCAUCUCUGUGACGGUGCAGGAAAUCUUGGAUGCUCUGGAGGCUGUUGGCGGGAAGAAGGCCAUGGACUUGAUCAAGGAGGAGAAAGACCCAAAGAUCGAGGCCAUCGUAGGGAGCUGGCCAUAUCAAUUUGAUACUCGAGUCGCUACAGAGCUGGGAAUGGUGGCAGAUGUUGACUUGGUGCAAAACGUGACCACCUUCUCGCAGCGACUUCGACUGGCAGCGGAAGCGUCUAAAUAAUAAGCCAUUACAUAUAGGAGUAUAAAGAACACCACGCAUAGCUAAACACUAGAAGAUUU